ACAAGGCUGCUGCAGGGAGCGGGCAAUGGUUUUGCUGGGGAGGAAGGAACCGUGGAAGAAGAUAAGGCUGUGGGGGGCAUAAUUGUCAUUUUUUGUUAGCUCUGCAAUUAAAUUGAUUACAAUACUGGUGGCAGUGUCUUUCCGCAAACGGAUGAGAUUUAACGGUGUCUUCCAACAUACAUGUAAUUUUUUAGUGGUCUGGGGCAAACUGCACCUUUUAACAGUGUCUCAGGACAAAUUUUGCCUUAUUUCUCCCCUUCCUCACCGCGUUAGAUCCGAUCCAGGCCUCACCGAGCCGUACGCCUGCUUCCGCAGCUAGACAUCCCAGCACCUUCCAGGCUUCGUCGAUGGCUGCACUGCGGCCGACCUCCCCUCCGGCCAGCCGCGCCAGGCGGGCGCCGGCCGAGUCGUCCAGCUCCGGUGUGCUGCCCCGGGACGUGCUGUUCGACGUCUUCCUGCGGCUUCCGGCCAAGGAGCUCUGCCGUCUCCGCGCCGUCUGCCGCUCCUGGCGCUGCCUCACCACCGAUCCACUCUUCAUCACGGCGCACGCGGCCCACCAUCCAGGUCCGCUCUUCUUGGCCAAAUUACGGGAUGACAGGGCGCACAUCCGUAUCGUGGAUCUGUCCGGCAACGUGGUUAAGCGGAUCCCCGUCCCAGAGGGUUGCCACUACCACCACCUGCUCUGCACACGCCUGAACCUUGCUUGCCUGGCCACUGACUGGAACAGAUGCCGUGUGAUCAAUCCCGCUACUGGAGCUGUUCAUGCCCUCCCUGAGAAUCCGGCAGUGGAGCAUUUGGGCCGUGUGAACCUGCGUGAACCUUACACCUUCUUUGCACUUGGGCGGCUUGCCUCCUCAGGAGAGUACAAGGUGCUCCGGACAUUUAAUCAGCUUGGCUUUGCUAAUGGUGGCCACCAGCUCUUUGAGGUGUUUACCAUCAAUGGUGGUACUGGUCAUGCACGGUGGCGAGGAAUGCAGAGCCCUGGUCUCUUUAUUAGGACGCACAGUGGCGUCGUAGUUGAUGAGGUGGUGUAUUUCUUGACGAAUGGUGCCAAUACUGGGAUUCGUCCAGACUAUAUUGUUUCAUUCGACCUUGGGAUGGAGGAGUGGAGAGAUCUCUGGGGUCCGCUAAGUAGCAAUCCUCCCUCUGGGAGGGUGUUUCGUCACCGAAAUAUCUGGGGCCAGCUUACUUUAGCAGAGUUGAAAGGCUCUCUACUUCUAGCACACCAAUGUGACAUGUUUGUCAUGGACCAAGUUGUUAUGGAAUAACUAGGGAUAGCAUGAAGAAUCUAUUCGUCGCCCUCCCUCGGGAGGCUCCGACUACUUUUAGGGUUUUCCUUGCUUGACUUUCAUUGAUAUAGUGGGGUCUUUUUUAUAGAGACCGACUCAACUUGACCCUUAAGUAAUCUAAUCUCUAGACUCUUCCUAAACCCUAACCUAGGGCGGUGCUACAGUACCCGCGGUACUGUUCACUCGCUACAGUACCAUGGCCUAGGCCUGUGGCCGGCCCACUUGCCAUAGCACUUCACCACCCCUCGAAGACAGCUCGUCCUCGAGCUGGGGCACGAGAUAUGGCGCAGACGGCUGAGCGCUGCUGGCAAGGUGGUCGGCAGUGAAGGUGCCGAUGCAGUCGGUAGUGUAGUCCUUGAACUGAAAGAUGGAUGUCCAGCAGAUGGAGCGUCGAUUUGCAGAAAGCAGUGCUGCUGUGGCCAGCCAUGAAGACGUUGUAGUGGCCGUCAAGGCUGCUGGUGCAUCCGUCUCAGACCUUCCCAGGUGCUUGUGCUGCAGCAGCUGCCGUCGAUAGAACUGAUGAUGCUGGUGAUGCAGUGGCUGCUCCAAUCCCAGCCACAGGAGCAGGGGAACGAGCGGAUGAGGCGGCGGAGAGCCACGGCAACAGGCCAUGAUGGGUGAUGAAGAGCCGCCGACGGGCGGCAGCAGGUGGAUGGACGGUCGCGGACGGCCGGAAACCCGCGAGCGGCCGCGGGGUGGAGGCUCGGGCGGACGGCGUGCGGGCGGCCGCGAUCGGAGGCGCGUGGGCGGGGCGUACGAAUGCCGUACAACGGGCGCGGACGGGCCCGGACAACCCUGGGCGGGGAUGCGACGGGUGGGGAUGGAUCCGCCGUGACGGAUGCCGGACGCCGCGAUGGACGGCCCGAGGAGGAGCGCAGACGGCACCACGACGGCCAGGGCAACCGGAUCCGUGAUGGCCGGAGACAUCGCCGAUGAGGAUCUGCGCCAACAAUGAAGGCCUCGACAGGCGGCGAUGGAUCCAUGAUGGUCAUGGGCUCCUGCUCCCCUCCCACGAGCGGAUCGAUGACGGCGGGCGGCGCAGCUGGUGCCGCCGGUGGUUGCGGCGUAAGAGACGCCGGUGGAGCUAGUGGCGCCAUCGGUGGGGCAGCAAGGAUCACCGUUGGCUGUGACGGAGGGGAAGGCGUCGGCGGAGUCGCUAGUGUCGCCUGCGGAACCAACACUUUUGCAGAAGUGGAUAUGAGACAUCUUGAUUCAGUUGGUGUGUACACAGGAUGUCUGUUGAGUUUACAAGAGGGUGACAUAGUGUAGUAUUUGUAGGGAAACGGGUAGGCUACGCUAGCAUCACUACCGCAUAUACCCAAGAUACUUGCGAGUAGAAGAUCAUAGAUCGUUACCACUAGACGCGCAGCGCA